AUGUUGGGCCCAGUGGUUUCGCAUGAUGAACGCCUACCCCAUCGCCCGUCAUCGCUGCGCGACGAAGAGAUGCGCCGACACAUCUCGCGUCCUUCAUCCCAAUCGCAUACUCCCUCGCCCGAUACACCCUUCAUUCGUCUCGGGCAUGUGGACGAAGAUGCGCGCUCGCAUUUAUCAAAUUCAUCAAUCUCGACAGUCGCACCGAAAUUUUCUCUGGACGUGCCGCAGAUCGACCAUCUGGCUUCCGGAUCGGCACUACGCGAUAUGUCGCCGCAUGCACGCACUUUGCAUUGGCUCGCAGACAUGCGACACCAAAGCUCGGCCGGGGAUGAUGAAGAGCUAAAGACCUCGAAUGUGCAUCGCACAUCGCUUAGCACAUUGGUGCCACGGUCACCAUCCCCGUCAGUGCCUAGUCACGAUAUUCUCUCGCUGCCCAAUACGCCGCGAGCUAAGACGACGAGCCUGCCACCACCCAUGGAUGAGCGCCGCCCGUCGCGUAUUAGCACCUCGACAUUGUCUGAACCGGGGCGCCCGCGGCGCCGUACCGUGCAUGACUUUGUGUUUGGCGAAGUGUUGGGUGAAGGUUCCUACUCGACCGUACUCAAAGCGUGGGACGUACACGACCUGCCCGAGAGUGAGCGCGCGAGUCUUGCCAGCCAUGCGAAUGCGCUCGCUGCGGCAGCUGGACAAUUCACGCCACCGGUGCUCGAAAACAUGCCCAAGGUAUACGCAGUCAAAGUCCUGGAUAAGGUGCAUAUCCUGAAAGAAAAGAAGCAAAAAUAUGUGCGUGUGGAAAAGGAAGCGUUGAGCUUGCUUGUGCAGACGCCUGGGGUCAUUAAAUUGUAUCAUACGUUCCAAGACCGCGAGAGUCUAUACUUCGUAUUGGAACUUGCGCCGAACUGCGAACUGUUGCAUUAUGUCAAGACUCUCGGCUCCUUGGACUGGACGUCGGCGACAUACUACGGUGCGCAGCUCGUAGAUGUCCUUGAACGGAUCCACCGCGCGGGCGUGGUGCAUCGGGACUUGAAACCUGAGAAUAUUCUUUUGGGGGAGGAUAUGCGCAUCCGUGUGACAGACUUUGGCUCUGCGCGUGUGCUAGGACGCCAGGCCGAUGGCACAAGCACAGAAAAAGCACACAGCUUUGUCGGAACGGCCGAUUAUGUGAGCCCGGAGCUACUCAACGACGAGUGCGUAGGAAUACCAGCCGAUUGGUGGGCCAUGGGCUGCAUUCUUUUUAAGAUGCUUACGGGCGUCGCUCCAUUUCGCGCGGCCAACGAGUAUCAGACCUUCCAGAAGAUUUUGCAUCGCUCGUUCACCUUCCCGGAGCCAGUGCCGUCCGAGGCUCGCGAAGUCAUCGAUGCGUUGCUAUGCCUCGAUCCUGGACGGCGCGCAACGGCCAAAGAGGUCCGGGCGAGUCCCAUGUUCCGAAACGUGGACUUUGCGUCCCUAUGGACAUUGCCGCCGCCACCGCUUCGGACAGGGCUCUUUGCAAACCCAGCUAGUCAACCCAAGCCUGCUGAGCAAGAACUGAAUUUGGCCAUGGAGGAAAUGGGCUUAUCGCGUGAGAGCUCCCUCUUGUCGCAGGACAAGUCGAUCCCCACCGGCGACGAGACAUCCGUGUCGUCCGACGCCGGUGGUAGUCACCAACGGAGUGCGGGUGGCGAUUCGCGGCCGACGCCCUCUCGGUCAAACAGCGCAUCGUCCAAGGUAAUUCAGCGAGGUGAGGUGACCCUCAACGAUAUUCUCCUGCCUACCGAAGACAUUGUCUUCUCAAGCCCCAUGUUGCUUCGCCGCAUGCAGGCUACAGGAAUGUUCGCGCGAAAGUGCCAAAUGUAUCUGACUACAAUGCCCCGCCUUUUAUGUACGAGAGAGCGAAAUCGCAGCGUUCAAGUCCUCGCUGAUGUCCCGCUUACCCGGCCAUCGGCGUCUGCAGCCUCAGACGGUGAAACAAAGCCGUCACUCCUCCGUCAGCCGUCCCUAGGGCCCGUGCAUGCCAUCACGCGGACAUUAGGCAUGAUCAAGUCCGAAUCAGAUCCUAAUGAGAACGUUGGAAUCCCCGAGUCAGAGCGAAUAAGCGAGGCGGCCAUCGGCGCGUGGCCCGUCGACGUUGAACUGCGCGGGGCUCGUGCGUUUUUGUUGCAGACGCCGUCCAAGCAAUACCUAUUUGAGGACCCCGCCGGUGAUGCACCGUUCUGGGUCCAAAGUAUCCAUGAAACAUUGCAGGCACAUGCCUCAAACUUUGCGCCAUGGCUCCGCGGCCCUAGCGAGGUGGCCACAAACCCUGUCCCCCACUGA